UGUGCACGGUUGUACAGAGAGCGCUUCGCACUUGACUCGGCUAAAAGCGGCCCGUGACACCUCUUCUUCUUCUCUCUGCCAUAAAUAUCUCAUAAUGAGCUUAUUGUUUCUUUUGCUUCUGUGACGUCAAGUCAACGGAAUUAAAGUUAGCAAUCUAGUGUAUUAUAAAUGUCUAUGGUCGAUUUAUUUAUCACACCAACGCAAGUUCACCUAUAAAGAACAGAAACAGUGUGUGUUUGAAUAUAACUGAAAAUCUUUGACCGCCAUUUCAGUUUAUCCACCCUUGCCAUAAAGUGAUAUAAAGUGCUUGAGGAAGAAAUAUCCAGAUUACUGCCUCCGAAUCUCUCUCCAACGUUCCUUAGAAAAUCAGUUACAAGCAAAUACGAAAAAAAUGUCUCAUACAAUAUUACUUGUACAACCUGGUCACAGACCUGAAACAAGAACAUAUUCAGAUUAUGAAAGUGUUAAUGAAUGCAUGGAAGGUGUUUGUAAAAUUUACGAAGAACAUUUAAAAAGACGGAAUCCAAAUACACCAACUAUUACCUAUGAUAUCAGUCAGUUGUUUGAUUUUGUUGACCAGUUGACGGACUUGUCAUGUCUUGUGUACCAAAAAUCAACUAAUACUUAUGCUCCAUAUAAUAAGGAUUGGAUUAAAGAGAAAAUAUAUGUAUUAUUGCGUAGAGCUGCAGGACAUAGCGAGUAAAUAAUAUACUUAAGAUAGAUAUAUAUGUUUACAUAUGGAUAAGAUAAUUUUAAAUAUAUGAUACUA